ACUUCUCCCUGCCCUUUUCUUUUCUUCUUAUGUAUAGAUGCCCCUCCCCCCGUUCUCUCCGGACUCUUGCGCUCCCCUUUCGGAUCUCUCCAUGCUUAUCCCUUUCUCUGUCUUGACUUUGUUUUUUUUUUCUCGGAGACCUCUCCCUUCUCUCUCAAAUCACUGCCACCACCAGAGAGUGCGCGAGUGAUUCCGUCGGGAGAUUAAUUCUCUGAAACUCCGCAAUCCAUCAUACCCAGGUAAAAAAUGGCCCAGAUUUUACUCCACGGAACGCUGCAUGUUACCAUCUUUGAGGCAAACUCGCUCUCCAAUCCAAACAGAGCUUCUGGCGGUGCUCCCAAAUUUAUCCGCCAGCUUGUUGAAGGAAUAGAAGACACCAUUGGUCUUGGCAAGGGGUCUUCCAAACUCUAUGCAACAAUUGAUUUAGAAAAGGCCCGAGUUGGGCGAACCAGAUUGAUAACCAAGGAACCUGUCAACCCACGUUGGUAUGAGUCUUUUCACAUCUACUGUGCCCACAUGUCUGCCAAUGUCAUCUUCACUGUCAAGUUUGACAAUCCUAUUGGGGCGUCUCUGAUAGGAAGGGCUUACUUGCCUGUCACGGAGAUCCUAAAUGGUGAGGAAGUGGAUAGAUGGAUUGAAAUUUGUGAUGAAGACCGGAAUCCUCUUGAUGGAGGAGCCAGGAUUCAUGUGAAAGUUCAAUAUUUUGAUAUUUCAAAAGAUCGCAACUGGGCAAGGGGUAUCCGGAGUGCAAAAUACCCUGGUGUUCCGUAUACCUUUUUCUCUCAAAGACAGGGUUGCAAAGUAACACUUUACCAAGAUGCACAUGUCCCUGACAACUUCAUUCCCAAAAUUCCUCUUGCUGAUGGGAAAUACUAUGAGCCGCAUAGAUGCUGGGAGGACAUAUUUGAUGCAAUCAGCAAUGCCCAACAUCUGAUUUAUAUCACUGGAUGGUCGGUAUACACUGAAAUCACCUUGGUGAGGGAUGCCAAGAGGCAAAAACCAGGUGGAGAUGUUACCCUUGGAGAGCUACUCAAGAGGAAGGCUAGUGAAGGUGUUCGAGUGCUUAUGCUUGUUUGGGAUGAUAGGACCUCAGUGGGGUUGCUAAAGAAAGAUGGUCUGAUGGCCACCCAUGAUGAGGAAACUGCUAACUAUUUUCAGGACACGGAUGUGCACUGUGUUUUGUGUCCCCGGAAUCCUGAUGAUGGAGGGAGCUUCGUUCAGGACCUGCAGAUUUCCACCAUGUUCACUCAUCAUCAGAAGAUUGUUGUUGUAGACCAUGAGAUGCCUAAUAAGAGUUCUCAGCAGCGGAGAAUUGUGAGCUUUGUUGGAGGCAUUGACCUUUGUGACGGAAGAUAUGAUACACAGUUUCAUUCUCUUUUCAGGACCUUGGACACAGCUCAUCAUGAUGAUUUCCAUCAGCCAAAUUUCGCUGAUGCAUCAAUCAAGAAAGGUGGACCUAGAGAACCUUGGCAUGACAUUCAUUCACGGCUAGAAGGACCUAUUGCUUGGGAUGUGUUGUACAAUUUUGAGCAGAGAUGGAGGAAGCAAGGGGGUAAAGAUCUUCUGGUGCAGCUUAGGGAUCUGGCUGACAUUGUCAUUCCACCUUCUCCUGUCAUGUUCCCAGAGGAUAGAGAAACAUGGAAUGUUCAGCUAUUCAGAUCCAUUGAUGGUGGCGCUGCUUUUGGCUUCCCUGAGACUCCAGAGGAUGCUGCUAGAGCUGGGCUUGUCAGCGGAAAAGAUAACAUCAUUGACAGAAGCAUUCAGGAUGCUUACAUUAAUGCCAUCCGUAGGGCAAAGAACUUUAUUUAUAUUGAGAACCAGUACUUUCUUGGCAGCUCUUUUGGUUGGAGGGCAGAUGACAUCAAGCCUGAGGAAGUUGGGGCAUUACACCUGAUUCCCAAGGAGCUGUCAUUGAAGAUUGUUAGCAAGAUUGAAGCUGGGGAGAGGUUUACUGUUUAUGUUGUUGUGCCUAUGUGGCCAGAGGGUGUUCCAGAAAGUGGAUCAGUCCAGGCAAUCUUGGAUUGGCAACGAAGGACAAUGGAAAUGAUGUAUACUGACAUCAUUCUAGCCCUCCAGGCGAAGGGGAUUGAAGCAAACCCUAAGGACUACCUCACCUUCUUUUGCUUAGGUAAUCGGGAGGUGAAGAAGGGUGGAGAAUAUGAACCUGAGGAGCAACCUGAAGCGGACACUGACUAUAGCAGGGCUCAGCAGGCCAGGCGGUUCAUGAUUUACGUUCAUACGAAGAUGAUGAUUGUUGAUGAUGAGUAUAUUAUCAUUGGGUCAGCCAACAUCAAUCAGAGGUCCAUGGAUGGAGCCCGGGACUCUGAGAUUGCCAUGGGUGCGUACCAGCCUUUCUAUCUGUCUACCAGGGGACUAGCGAGGGGACGGAUCCACGGUUUCCGGAUGGCUCUUUGGUACGAGCACCUUGGGAUGCUUGAUGACGCCUUCCUCCACCCGGAGAGUGUGGAGUGCGUGCAGAAGGUGAACAGGAUUGCUGAUAAGUACUGGGACCUCUACUCGAGUGAUAAUCUCGACCGUGACCUCCCGGGACAUCUGCUCAGCUACCCGAUCGGAGUCAGCAGUGAUGGCGUGAUCACAGAGUUGCCAGGAAUGGAGUUUUUCCCCGAUACUCGGGCCCGUGUCCUGGGCACCAAGGCGGACUACCUUCCUCCCAUCCUCACCACCUAAAUAUAGCGGUCCGGUGUCCUCUCUUGUUUCUUUUUGUUACAAUAACAGCAGCCACGCGCUGGGUGAAGGAACCAUAUGAUGUGCUCGACUUGGUGACUAGUUUUCAGUUGAUGCUUUUGCGAGAUCUUGUAUGCGGUGUUUAUUGAUUUUCUGUUCCAUCAGAAAACUCUGGAUGCUUGUUACUUCCGUAUUUAUUACUAGCUUGCAUCUUGCCGUAGGUACAUGUAUCACGAGUGUUGUUCCCGCUUAAUCGCUUUGUUGCGUUAUUACUAUUGUA